AUGUCUGGUUCAGAAGAUUCCGGGAUUGCGCUCUCCAUGAGCCAUGAGCGCAAUACUCCUAAUGUAGAUUCGGCAUCGGAAGAGGCCACUGCGACGCUUCCGCGCGAGCCAGACAGUUCCAAGAGCGAUCCAGUACCUACCAAUAUCACCGAGGUCUCCGCGUUACCGGUGCCAGAAAUAAGAGCUACUGGGUCACGUCCCCCCAGUAUCGAGCCGGGGACAGACCGCGCUGGCAGCCAAAUGGACGCAUCUGAUGCUUCUGAGCCGGAGAUCGAUGAGGAAAGUGGUACUGAUCCCGACUCAGAGACGGAUAUGUGGGUCCGCAGGCGCGAGGUAAUGAAAUCGCGCAUCAAGCUUGCGCCGAGACGCGUAAAGCAGGUGAACCAAUAUAACAAGAUCUUGGAAGAGAGACUCACGCUUCUGGAAGAGGGAACAGAGCUCUUCGAGAAGAAGCUACGCAGGCUAUUGGGAGGCGAGGAGAUAUCUCGUCCACCAUCUCCAGAGGUCAAAGCGAAGAGGCAACUGUUGGAGCCCGAGCUGAAAUUCCACCUCUCGAAGGGACUGAAGCAUGACUCCGAAACUCGUAGAGUCCACCAAAUCGAUGUCUUUGUUGGAGAACCAGAAGCACAGAAAUCUGACAGGUUUUUACGACGGAAAAAGCAAUCUAAAAGCUUGGAGGACAACGACAUGGAUGAUGGGAGGAUUGCAUCUGACCCAAUCUUGGAACGCUCUUCGGCAUCCAAUGAUGAGCGCAGACUUGCGGAGGAAAUGGUCAAGGUCAAGAACAAACACUUUCCAAGUCUAAUCCUCAUCGAGGAAAGGUCAAUCACACACCUGUUCCGGAAGUUUCUCACAGGCGACGGUACAGACACGGACAUUAUGAUGCUACGACCCUUCAAGCCUCUACUCCAGAACAGGGAAGAGAUACUAAACAUCAUGUCGGAAGUCGUUACUGCACUGACUAGGAUAGUCGAUCGCCGUGCAGAAAAAGACGCAGGACCGGCGAGUUGUGUCAUAGAUCUAGACGAAAGCGCCGAAGCAGUCCAGCCAAACGAAGCUAUUCAAGUCACAGAUGACGCUCAUGACAAGGCUCUGGAGGAGACCGGAGAGAAGGCAGGAGAUAAUGCAGUGACUGAAGAGGCCUCUGCUCCUGAUGCUAUCUCAGAAGAGGAGUGGGACACUGUCUUGAAAGAGCUCGAGCUUUACGACGUGGCUAACGGGUGCGAGGGGGAGUACAUGGACGGAUGGCCAACUCUCUCUGAAGUCGAGAAAUCUUUCAAAAGUAUCAGGGACCUGUUCGAUAAUUACCUACUGCCUGGCCAUAUGGAAUUUCGGGAGCGUAAGGCAAAAAAGGUCCGGUUCUGUGACCUGUGGCACCUAUUUCACACUGGAGAUCUCGUGGUCACAAAGCGAUCGACGAAUCUAGAUGGAACAGAGACUAAAGGUCGAUUGGGCAUGAGAGUUCUCAUGACAGCUGGUGGCAGAAGAGUCAUUAUGCCAAAACUCCCGGCUCCUGUCUUCCAAUCUCCUGUCCACUUGCUUACCUCGACGGACAAAAUCGAGCCCAUAAACGGCACCAAUCCAUUCUGUAUUUAUACGUACUACUUGGAUUUCAACGGUUCUAGGCUGGUACCUGUUCGGCGACGAAUAGUCAUUGCUCCCUAUCAUGGAGAGCGAAACAUCUCGGACCUCGAUGUCAUCCCCAUGGAGUAUGCUGCUGGAGUAGCUGACAUGCUGAAAGAACGGGGUAAGCGUUUCGUUGAAACAGUCUCCGCUUCUAUUGCGCCAUACGUGGAUUGCAAGGGUCUCGAACUCGUGACCCGUGAGGAGCUCAACGACAAAGUCAUCGUUGACAUGAAAGGGUAUUUUGGCACCAACCCUAGCGAUAUCCCUUCGUUCCUGGAGCCUGAAGAGCUUGAUCUGUCAGAGACCAGCGAUUGCCGACAAGGAAAGGAAUGUAGCUACUCAUGCGUUUCCUGCUAUCAUCGCAGUCCAGUCGUGCACGAUCAAACGACGGAUUUGGAAACGUACCAGGAGUACGUUAAUGAGAAGCCGGUGUUCAACCCGCUAUCAGGCGCGUCAAGUGCCGGUCUUGUAGACCCGUCCGACUUCAGUAUCUGUCAUUACCGCGUCUUCGCUUACAAGCUGCGUUCGCGGGAGUGGGUGCAAGUAAAUGUGCAGGAUCUUCAAGCACUACCGGAGAGUGAGAAGGGCGGAGGAUUUGACAAGCUCGUCUUAUCUGACGACCACAAAAGUAUCCUUGAGUCGCAAGUCCGUGAGCACUUUCGGAAGAGAGUAUCGCAAGCUACAACCGGAAGCAUGGAGAAUGACAUGGAUCUGGUUCGGGGCAAAGGACAAGGCCUCAUCAUCCUUCUUCACGGUGCUCCUGGCGUCGGUAAAACAUGCACAGCCGAGUGCAUUGCUGAUCUGAUGGAGAAGCCGCUCUAUCCUAUCACUUGCGGCGACCUCGGAAGCACGGCAGAAGACGUCGAGAAGAAUUUGAAGAAGCAUUUCACCCUCGCUAGCCGCUGGGAUUGCGUGAUGCUGCUAGACGAAGCCGAUGUCUUUCUUGCUAGAAGAAAAAUGGAGGACCUUCAGCGCAACAGUAUCGUGUCGGUGUUCCUCCGCAUGUUAGAGUACUACAAAGGUCUACUCUUUCUGACCACUAAUCGGGUGGGGACAUUUGACGAGGCUUUCACAUCUCGGGUGCACAUCUCGCUGUUCUACCCGGACUUCGACAAGAAAACGACACUCGCAGUGUGGCAGACCUUCAUUAAUCAGACCGUGCAUGUGCUUAAGAGCAGCGGCCGUAGCCAUGUCACUAUCAAUGGAGACGAGAUCAUCAAGUUUGCCAAGAAGCACUGGAAGGACAGCAAAGACAGCAAGCGGGCACGCUGGAAUGGACGUCAGAUCCGUAACGCCUUCCACACCGCAGUUGCCAUGGCUGAGUUCCGCGCCAGAACCCAAAAGGGUGGUGCAGGCUACGAUAACGGUAAGGAUGUCGAGAUCAGUGUGGGAAGAGUGGAAUUCGAAAAGAUUGCGAGCACCGCUAGAGAGUUUGAUACCUACAUGACUGAAACGAUGGGUUCAACUUAUGAGGCCAAAGCUGAUAGGGAAGGACUGAGGAAAGAGCAGAAGAAGGAGGAAGAGAAAGUAAGAAAGAACAAGAAGAAGAAUAAGCAGUCUAAGUCGAAGAAGGAAAGCGACUCGGACUCUUCAGAGAGUGAGAGUGAGGAUGACGAUGAUGCGAAGAAGAAAAAGAAGAAGAAGAAGCCCUCCAAAUCGAAGAAGCGAAGCGACUCAAGCUCAGGUGGCGAGAGUGAGGACGACGAUGACUCUGAUAGUGAUUAG